CGCAUACUUGGUUAGUUUUACUGUUGGACCCUUCAAGCCGCUUGCGUGUUCCUUCGUCUAGCCGCCGUCGGUUGUUCGGUUCGGUCGGAUAACACCUACGUUAGACUCAGAGCUCCGCUACACAAUGGAUGGUAAAAAGUUCGCUGAAGUAUUACGGGUCCUGACAGUGGAAGCACUGGACACCCUGUUUGAUUAUCUUGUAGAUGAGGAAUGCGUCGGAAGCGCUCGCCUGACCUGCCGCGCUUUGCGCAACGCUAUCGACAGCAGUGUUCGUGAUGUUGGGUUGACCGUCACACCAGCGCAUCUACAGCAAUGGUCGCCACGCCAGCCGCCGUCAUUGGCUCGCUGGAGCCGAUGCACCAGCCUCGAGCUCACCGUUGACCUUGCGGACUCAACCCAACAGGACGACCUCUCACUGGCUUCCCUGGCAGCGCUGCCCAUUACGGGCUUACCAUCAUCAGCCCGGAAGCGCUUUACCUACCUUUCGCUCACAUUGAACGACCCUAACCGGCUGCUGCGGAGCAACCUAGGGUCCGCGAUUCCCAUCCUCGCGCUGCUCCUUCCAAACCUUGAAGAAGUGUCCUUGUCCCAGCCUUACCACUUCUCCCCAAACCUGCUCGAGCAGCAGCUCAUGUAUGAGGCGCUCGCAACUGUACGGCACCUUGACACCCUCACGCUGUCUAGCUGCCGGGAGUUGGCCUGCAUCGGAGCCCUGGCGACCGCCGGGAACCUCAGGUACCUCACCAUGAGCGCCCCAUCCUUCGAGGAGGGCGUGCUUAACCUUAACCAGCUCACACAGGCUGAGGUGGCCGGCCUGUCGCAGCUGCCGGGGCUUCAACGACUGGACAUAAUCGGUCUGCAGCCGCUGCGCCAUGACGCUGCGCAGGCCGGUCUGCAGCUGCUGCUCGACAGCCUGCCGGCCUCCCUGGAGCACUUGCAGAUCUCUUGGAGCCACAUCAACUUUGCCAGCAAGCAGGAGCACAUGAUGGCCUUUUUCAAGGACGGCAGGCUCCUUGAAAUUGCAUUCAUUAGCGACGAUUCUGCGGACUUUGGCGCGCGUCUGGCGCCGGCCAUUCUUCGGAGCCGCGCCAUGGGGCCAGCGCUGCGGCGGUUGACCUUCUCAGCUGUUCACAUGGCGCAGGGAGAGGCACUGCUGCAGCGCCCGGAGGUGCAGUCGCUCCGCAACCUGCUCGGGCGUAGCGAGGAUGUCAGGGUGCUGAAGCUGCAGGCGCAUGCGUCGGAAGCACUUGAGGCUAUUGAGGUGUUUGGGAUUCCAAAGGAGCUUGGGUUGCUGGCUGGGUCGGGUGAGGUUAAUUUUGGCUUGGCCUUGUGGGACGAAGAGACGCAGCACGAGCAGGUCACGAAGCCGGCAGAUGCUGAGUCGCAAACCGCUGCGCUUCCCAGCACGGCCGACAUGGCUCGAGCGGUGCUGCGGCGGCUGACUGCGGUGCCGAAGGAGGCUGCCGGUGGCGGCGGUCCCGACAGUGACGGCGGCGCGGCAGCCGGCGGCGGCAAGAUGCUGCUGCUGCGGGGUUCCCACAUCACCAUAUUCGGCCAGACACCCACCGCACUGGAACACUGGAUGCUGUGGCUAACCAAGCAGGCCGCAGAGAUUGCGGCGGCACGGUCUAACGCGGAUGGCAGCACCCCGGGCGGCGGCAAAUGCGUGGUCGCGUACCAGGUGCUCCCGCCUGUGGUCGGAGCCGUCCUCGUUGAGUGUCGCCGGGAGGAGGGGGCCGCGGAGGCGCUGGCGGCCGCUGUCACGGCCGCGGCAGCAAUGGGGCAGGCAGCCGCCGGGGCGCUCGAGCUGGUGCCGGUGGCAGCGGAGGCGGCACAGGCUCAGUCCCGAAACGGCGGCAAGAUUGACGUGCGAGAGGCUUACCUUGCAGCGCUGGAACAGGAGUUCCGAUCGGUUUGGGACGGCAGGCACUGCGCGGAUGCCAGCCGUGAGGCCAGCAAGGCGAGGGACACGGAGUUGCUGCGCCGGCUGGUACUGAUCGGGUCGGAGCUGGUAUCGGUUCGGCCUGCCAUACGGUUCUAGAGCUUGGUUGGCAGCGGUGACCGGCAUGUGUUAAAAAUAACAGGCCGCGAGGCGAAACGUACUGUGAUUGCCGAAAGAUGAAGUCCAUGUGGUGUGCGGCCGGCAGUGGUUAGCUAUGGUUUGACUGCAAAGUGGGCUUUGCUGGGAGGCUGGGGCAGCUUUCCCGGGUGGCAUGCGUGGCAUUGGCUGUGUAUCUGGAAUGGGUUGUGUUCGUAGCAUGCGUGACUGUGUAUCUGGAAUGGGUUGCGUGCCGUACGGCAGUGUCUGCAGACCGUUGCGUCUGGAGGAGGCAGGGCUGUUUCUUAGUGCGAAUCCAAGGCGCAUCUAGCACGUUCUUAUCGCGCACCCGAUGUUGCCUUGGGCUUUGCUACACUUGUUGCUGUCGCCUUUGAAUGGACGAUAAAAUGUUAAUGAAAAUGGCCCAUUACAGGCUGGUGGCAACUGAGCGUAGUCAAGAACCCGAUUGACCCGGUUGUCGCUUAACGUCAAGGUGACCGUUGCAAUUAGCUAUAUGACCGGAAGAAACUCGCUCUCCCUGCAAACUAGUCAGGGAUAUAUUUACAAAUAUUAGGCAAACAGGCACCUUCGGCUACAAUAGCAUAUGUCUCGCUCAGAAAAAUGUCCGUGUACGGUCAGAUAGUGCCUUAGCAAGCCUCUUUCACAGUCUCAAAGUUCAGGACAGGAUAUGGAAUGGCCGACUUGUGUUCGCGAAUGCCAGUUAGGAUACAGCUUGGCCAGUUAGGUUUCCACUUGGCCGAUGGGCCGAGCUCUCAUAAACCAUUGGCCGUCUAACUUGUUAUGAUGAAGCUGCAAUUAUGUAGAAGAGCGACUAUCCUGAUUUCGGCACUCUGGUUCUCAGGUUAUUCAUCGGUGGAGUCACAGCAGCCAGUUACUGGACAAAUCUCACCACCCGGAGCUCCAUGGGAGUGGAACACAUCUCCACAGCCCCAGCCACCACCGCAAUGGCUUAAUUCUACUCCAUGGGACGGAGAUGCCCCUCAGUCUCCGCCCCCGCAUGAGCCCAGCCCAGCGUCAGCAUCCCCCGAUCCCCCGCCGCCUGCAUCGCCUGCUCUGGAGACCAGCCCAGCGUCAGCAUCCCCUGAUCCCCCGCCACCUGCAUCGCCUGCUCUGGAGACCAGCCCAGCGUCAGCAUCCCCUGACCCCCCGCCACCUGCAUCGCCUGCUCUGGAGACCAGCCCAGCGUCAGCGUCCCCUGAUCCCCCGCCGCCUGCAACGCUUGCUCUGGAGACCAGCUCAGCGUCAGCAUCCCCUGAUCCCCCGCCGCCUGCAUCGCCUGCUCUGGAGACCAGCCCAGCGUCAGCAUCCCCUGACCCCCCGCCACCUGCAUCGCCUGCUCUGGAGACCAGCCCAGCGUCAGCAUCCCCUGACCCCCCGCCACCUGCAUCGCCUGCUCUGGAGACCAGCCCAGCGUCAGCAUCCCCUGAUCCCCCGCCGCCUGCAACGCCUCCACCCUCGCCACAGCCCAGCCCUGCACCACCAUCUCCUGAACCCUCGCCGCCUGACGUGCCGCCGCCCUCGCCACAGCCCAGCCCUGCACCACCAUCUCCUGAGCCCUCGCCGCCUGACGUGCCGCCGCCCUCGCCACAGCCCAGCCCUGCACCACCAUCUCCUGAGCCCUCGCCGCCUUUAAUUCCUCCACCCUCGCCACAGCCCAGCCCUGCACCACCAUCUCCUGAGCCCUCGCCGCCUUUAAUUCCUCCACCCUCGCCACACCCCAGCCCUGCACCACCAUCUCCUGAGCCCUCGCCGCCUUUAAUUCCUCCACCCUCGCCACACCCCAGCCCUGCACCACCAUCUCCUGAGCCCUCGCCGCCUGACGUGCCGCCGCCCUCGCCACAGCCCAGCCCUGCACCACCAUCUCCUGAGCCCUCGCCGCCUUUAAUUCCUCCACCCUCGCCACAGCCCAGCCCUGCACCACCAUCUCCUGAGCCCUCGCCGCCUGACGUGCCUCCUCCCUUGCCACAGCCCAGCCCUGGACCACCAUCUCCUGAGCCCUCGCCGCCUGACAUGCCGCCGCCCUCGCCACAGCCCAGCCCUGCACCACCAUCUCCUGAGCCCUCGCCGCCUGACGUGCCGCCGCCCUCGCCACAGCCCAGCCCUGCACCACCAUCUCCUGAGCCCUCGCCGCCUUUAAUUCCUCCACCCUCGCCACAGCCCAGCCCUGCACCACCAUCUCCUGAGCCCUCGCCGCCUUUAAUUCCUCCACCCUCGCCACAGCCCAGCCCUGCACCACCAUCUCCUGAGCCCUCGCCGCCUUUAAUUCCUCCACCCUCGCCACACCCCAGCCCUGCACCACCAUCUCCUGAGCCCUCGCCGCCUUUAAUUCCUCCACCCUCGCCACACCCCAGCCCUGCACCACCAUCUCCUGAGCCCUCGCCGCCUGACGUGCCGCCGCCCUCGCCACAGCCCAGCCCUGCACCACCAUCUCCUGAGCCCUCGCCGCCUUUAAUUCCUCCACCCUCGCCACAGCCCAGCCCUGCACCACCAUCUCCUGAGCCCUCGCCGCCUGACGUGCCUCCUCCCUUGCCACAGCCCAGCCCUGGACCACCAUCUCCUGAGCCCUCGCCGCCUGACAUGCCGCCGCCCUCGCCACAGCCCAGCCCUGCACCACCAUCUCCUGAGCCCUCGCCGCCUGACGUGCCGCCGCCCUCGCCACAGCCCAGCCCUGCACCACCAUCUCCUGAGCCCUCGCCGCCUUUAAUUCCUCCACCCUCGCCACAGCCCAGCCCUGCACCACCAUCUCCUGAGCCCUCGCCGCCUUUAAUUCCUCCACCCUCGCCACAGCCCAGCCCUGCACCACCAUCUCCUGAGCCCUCGCCGCCUUUAAUUCCUCCACCCUCGCCACACCCCAGCCCUGCACCACCAUCUCCUGAGCCCUCGCCGCCUUUAAUUCCUCCACCCUCGCCACACCCCAGCCCUGCACCACCAUCUCCUGAGCCCUCGCCGCCUGACGUGCCGCCGCCCUCGCCACAGCCCAGCCCUGCACCACCAUCUCCUGAGCCCUCGCCGCCUUUAAUUCGUCCACCCUCGCCACAGCCCAGCCCUGCACCACCAUCUCCUGAGCCCUCGCCGCCUGACGUGCCUCCUCCCUUGCCACAGCCCAGCCCUGGACCACCAUCUCCUGAGCCCUCGCCGCCUGACAUGCCGCCGCCCUCGCCACAGCCCAGCCCUGCACCACCAUCUCCUGAGCCCUCGCCGCCUGACGUGCCGCCGCCCUCGCCACAGCCCAGCCCUGCACCACCAUCUCCUGAGCCCUCGCCGCCUUUAAUUCCUCCACCCUCGCCACACCCCAGCCCUGCACCACCAUCUGAGCCCUCGCCGCCUUCUGUGCCUCCACCCUCGCCACAGCCCAGCCCUGCACCACCAUCUCCUGAGCCCUCGCCGCCUGACGUGCCUCCUCCCUCGCCACAGCCCAGCCCUGCACCGCCAUCUUUUGAGCCCUCGCCGCCUGACAUGCCGCCGCCCUCGCCACAGCCCAGCCCUGCACCACCGUCUCCUGAGCCCUCGCCGCCUGACGUGCCUCCACCCUCGCCACAGCCCAGCCCUGCACCACCAUCUCCUGAGCCCCCGCCGCCUGCAAUGCCUCCGCCCUCGCCUCCGCCCAGCCCUGCACCUCCCUCUCCUUCCCCCGCGCCUCAGCCCAGCCCGGCGCCCCCAUCUCCUGAGCCCUCGCCGCCUUCAGUGCCCCCACCCUCGCCUCAGCCUAACCCUGCACCGCCAUCUCCUGAGCCCUCGCCGCCUCUCCCCUCGCCGCAGCCCACCCCUGCUCCGCCGUCGCCUGAACCCUCGCCGCCUUCAGUGCCUCCGCCUUCGCCACAGCCCAGCCCUGCACCUCCCUUUCCCACCCCCUCGCCGCAGCCCAGCCCUGCACCUCCCUCUCCCGUCCCCGCGCCGCCUUCACCUGCACCGCAGUCACCCUGGCCUCCUAGUCCUCGACCGCCGCUUCCCUCGCCGCGACCUCCAGUACCGCGGCCUCCUGCCCCCCUGCCGCCUCCCGUCCCUCCAAGACCUCCGCCAGUCUGGUUGUUUCCGCCGCCGCCGGUGCCCUCACCUCCCCCAGUCGCGGUGCUGCAGGCGGUUGACGGAGAGCUUGCUUACGUCCAAACCCUUACAGCAACAGUGGUUCAAGCUUCGCUCCGUGUUUCCAACCUUCCUUCUUACGCUGUGGGGUCCGAACCUGGACAGGCGAUGUCCAGCAGCAGCCAGGUUGCCAUUGCCGGUGCGGUGGCUUCGGAGCUGCGAGCCGCCCCCUCCGCUGCAGGCUCCUCCACCGUCUCAACCACUCGGGUUGCUGCCCUUAUGGCCGUCCGAGCUCCGGCCGUCACGACCUCCGUCAGGUCAUCCUCGGCUGCUUCGUCCAACACCACGGCAGUAGUUCUCUACCUGCAGGUCUCCGCCGCCGCUCCUGCACCUUGGGUCUCCGCCGCCGCCAUCCGUGCAGCACUCAGCUCUGCGGCGGUUGCGGCCGCCCUGCCAGCGGGAGCAGUUGCAGAGCUGGCAUCUGUUUCCUCCGCCGAUCGUGACGUGCCGUCUGGGUACUUUGGCAUGGGGGAUGCACGUGCACCUCAGCUCAGCGUGGUGGGCGACCAGGACGUGACGGUCUCCGUGCUGGGGACCUACCAGGACACGGGGGCUAGCUGCACGGAUGCACUGGAAGGCUCCCUCAGCGACUCGGCCGUGGUGGCGGUGGGCCUGCCCGUCAGCACCUCGCAGGCGACGGCGCCGGGCGCCCCGGCUGUCGUACUGUACGGCUGUGCCGACGCGGCGGGCAAUGCGGCGGCACCAGUGGUACGGCGGGUGACGGUGUACGACCCCUGUCAGGCGCAGGGAGAGGCCACGUGCGCCAACACGGGCGGCUGCAGUGUGGGAGGCAGCUGCAUUACGUCGUUUACCUUCAGUCUGAACUCCGGCUCCCUAGCUUAUGCGUCGACAUCCUCGGGCUCGGGAUCGUCUGCCUCUGCAUCCUCCUCCUCUUCCUCGUUUGCGGCCACAAGCACAGUGCAGGUCAUUCGCUCGGCGGCUGUGGUGGACCGCACACCGCCCACCAUCACAAUCCUAGACCCCAGCCCGUCGUACAAGCCUGGGGAGGCCUACUCGAGUGGAAACCGGACUGGGCGAAUCACCUUCAUCCUUGCCAACUCGGACUACGUAGACGCCGGCGCCAGGGCCAUGGACGACGUGGACGGUGACGUCAGCGCCUCCCUGGCGAGAUCCUUCCCCUCAGGGGGCCCCCUGGACACCCGGGUCCCUCGAGGAGAGUCCAACCCUUACCUCAUCACCUACGUCGCCACAGACUCUGCGGGAAACCGGGCCAUCGCAUACCGCCGCGUCUACGUGCUGUGCCCCACAGGGGAGCGGGUUUGCGGUGCUGAGGAAACUGCUGAUGGGGUGGCGGCAUGCAGCAGCGGUGGGGGCAUAUGCGGUGUGGUGUACAGCGCAAGCAACAUUACCAGCAGUGCUAGUAGUAGCAGCAGCAGUGGCAGCGGGGUGGGCGGCAGCAACUCGCCACCGGUGCUCACGCUACUGGGGGACUCCACUGUCGCAAUGGUAGCAGACCAGGGCGGCGGCUACACGGAGUACACGCCCUGCACACGGCUGUCAGGCGUGAAGGCGAUCUGCGACCCAGGGGUCACUGCCAGCGAUGCUGAAGAUGGCAAUUUGGGCUUGCUGGUGCGCGCAUGUGGGGCCUUGUACACCAGCAGCGGCCGCAGCGGCAGUACCAGCAGCAGCCUAGCGGCAUGCGGUAUCAACACCGCUGUGCCAAAUGACUAUGUCGUCAACUUCACGGUCACCGACUCUGCCGGAGCAACGGCCUGGGCUGUCCGCACAGUACGAGUCUGUCCGGCAGAUGAGGUGGUCUGCUUGGACCUGUCUUGCUCGCAAGAUAGUGUCUGCACCGGUGUCACCGGCUCUGCAUCCUCGUCUCCCAGUUCUUCAGCUGCAGCCGCAUCCGUAAUACCCAUCACGGCCACCUCCGAUUCCCCGACGCUUACACUCCUUGGAAAUGAUGUGGUCAAAGGCAAAGUGAAGCUGCCGCGCGGGUUCUCCUACCGUCUAUGUGCAGCGGGCCAGACGUCGACAGCAGCUGCGCCUUGUGACCCAGGGGUCAGUGCCACUGACCGCCUGGGCACUUACAUAACCGAGCAGGUGUAUGUCUGCCCACCUGAUACCUGCUACGUUAACGGCAUAGCCUGCUCUGGGCACGAAGUGUGGAAGAAGGGAAUCGAAGGCUGUGUUAACGCCAGUGCUUCAGUUGGCUCGCAGCAAGAGAUCCUCUUUGUAGUCUUCGACAAGUGGGCCAACCAACCCCGUGUGACUGCGAGUCGCCAGCUCACGAUUGUCAGUCCCUGCACGAACACUGCUGACAUCUACUGCGCUGAAGACAACUCCUGUGGCAGCACUUCUUGCGACACGCGCGCCGUCCUGCGCUUGCUAGCCAGUAGCACUGCCUCUGCGAGCGCUCAGCAGGGCCCACUGCUGCUGCUUGUGGAUGGCGCCGACUCCAGUCCGACAGCAAAGGCCGUCGCUGCGGCGGUCAGCGUCAAUGCAUUGCUGGCUGCCAACGCAGCAGCAAGGUUCUUCAACGGGUCGGGACCGCUGUACGCUGCGCAAUUGGAGAUGACGGUGCCGUACGGCAGCGCCGCGCCGUAUUCGCUACUGCCCUGCAGCGGUGUCCGGAGCCUGGCAGGCUGUGGAGCCGUGGCUGUGGAUGCCACGGACGGCGAAAUAUCGACCACCAUUAUGACCUACCCCGUGUGCGUUUCGGCUGUCUCCUACGACUACGCUACCGACUACGGUGGCUCGACAUCGUUGGAUGCGUGCGACACGUGCAGUGCUGAGGCGCUGUCUGCAGGAGCUUGCCUGCCAGGCGUGUACGGCAUCAGGUACACAGUGACCGAUUCCGACUUUAACACCGCGUCCCUCCUGCGGAUCGUGACCGUUGAGGAGAGGGCUUCGCUCACGUUCUCCUUCAACGUCUCCGUGUCCCUGCCGUCGUUGCCUGCGCCACCGUCACCGCCUCCUCCCACACCGUCCUUGGGAAAUAGCAGCAGCAGCGACAGCAGCAGCAGUAGCGCCCCUGUUAGUGCCGCGGAUGCCUCCGCUCUUGCGGGUGUUGCCAACGCCUCUGCCGCCGCAUUCACUAGGCGCUUGUCGCUGGAGGCCGAGCUGCAGUCGCAUCUGGUUGACGCCUACUGGGCAACCCUGGGAAUGGACCCAUCGCUGGUACGGCGGUUCAACCUGACACGCGCUGAGGUUGUGUCCGCAAGCGCCUCUCCUGGAGUAGGUGGCUCCACCAGCUUGUCUUGUACCCUGAGCGCCACCUUGACAGUCACAGUUGGCAUCCCCUCGAGCACGUCCUCUUCGGCGACUUCUGGUAGCCGUCGCCUGCUGCUGAGUAUGCAGCAAAACGAGCCUCGUCCCGGGGCACCUGCGGACAAGCUGCCCGCGGUGGAAGCUCUGGCCCCAACCACCACCUCCCAUGCAAUCCACACGCUACGCUCGUUAGCACAGGAGCUCUCAGCUGCUGCGCGGGCAACGGAUUUGCUGUUAAGUCAAAGUGUACGGCUAUGGGAGGCUAUGGGUUCUUCAGCCGACGAUAACCUGCAGGGCGGCGGUGCUACCCGUACCCGCGGUACUGGCAUGGCACCAGGCCUGGGCGUGAGGUCGAGGUCGCUGCUGCAGAACUCAUACUCUUGCGACGUCCAGCUUUCAGCUCUCUUAGCGCUGUUCGAAGCAUCUGCCGUGAUGGACGUCGACUCCUCCAUUUCUUCGCUCUUCGGAGGCUUCUCAUCCGCGGGUACGCCUACAGUUACCUGCGAGACGCCCUCCGUCGACCCCUCUUCGGCGGCAGUGGCAGCUGCGUCGGGCGCGGCAGCCGUAACAGCAAACCUUGCGGCCUUGGUUUACGCGGCGGCAUCGACGGCGGGUGACACAGCCUUUCAGCUAGAUGACAAGGAAGAUGCACUGCAGGCCGCUGUGCGGGACUCCUACCUGGGACUUCAGGACCUAUCGGACGCAGCACUCACCCGUGUUAGCUCUCGCGUAGACACUCUCCAGCAACUCUUAUUCGCCGCAAACACCACCAGCGAUGAUUCAGCAGUUGCCCUGGAGGCUGCAUCUGUCCUGCUGCAGACCUCCCUUGUUCUGCUGGAGGCUGCUGCCAACCGCACGCAGAUUGGCAUUGGGGAAAUUGUUUUCGGCCUGGGAAGUCUGGCACCUGAGGAUGACAGCGAGGACUUGCAGGCUCUGGUUGACUGCCUGGCUACCCGAGAGAGCCGUGUUGGGAUGCAUGUCGCGUUCAACAUAAACAGCACCACCGGCGGCAGUGGUACAGAUUCAAUGGCCACGGCCACCCCACCACCUGCCGCCAGCGACAACGGAAACCUCGCCGGCGGCGGUGACACCGCUCCACCUCCCGUGUUCCCUGCAUCCUCACGGCACCGGCAGUUGCUAGCCGUUAGUGGUGGUGGCGUCGGUGGUCGAGUUGGUGGGAGUGCAGAUGUCGUUAAUGGCUAUCCGAUUCGUAACAUCUUGUGGACUAACUUCAAGGACUACCUGCUUCCGGACAUUGAAGCUGUGGCACCACCGCGAACCGUGGGUCAGUCUGGCUCAACUGUCGUCGCGGGCCUUCUCCUGCACCAGCGUCGCCUCAGUGCCGCCAGCUUGGUAGAGAUGUACGGAGGCUGCUCCAGCAGCGCUUUCACCGGCCUGCUCGCAGCGGCCUGCAAUGCUGGCCAUAACCGUACUCGGGCCGGGGGCGUGGCUGUUGCAGCAUCCCAACGACAACAACUGCAAGGGACGGCAGCGGUUGGCAUUGGUGUUGAUGCUGUCUUUAACCCCCGCUCCCAGCUCUACAGUGCUGAUGUGGCGGCGCAUCCCGAUGACUAUUACAAUACCUCUGCCGGUUCGGGCCACCUGAACCCCAACGGAAUACCGUACGGUUUCUUCACCUCCCCUGUUCCGCUGGCGGGUGUGGCCCCGGACGCCUAUCCCGUGCUGUUGGACACGAGCCUCGGCGAGCGGCGGAUAAGGGAGAUGCUGCUGGCGCUCAAAGAGGGCGCCUACCUGGACUCGGAGCUCACAGAAAGCCUCACUGCACAAAUGGUGUCGUACGAUGCCGAGAUGCACGUUUUCGGCUACUGGCGCGCAGAGUUCAGUUGGGGUGCUGAGGGCGCCAUCCGGGGCUCGUUCAGCCUACAGGGGCUGCCGGCUGCCACCUGGCGGGCUGCCGUACAGACUGGCCGUGCCUUGGAGGUCGUUCCCUCCGUACUGCUCGUGCUUCUGGUGGCGGCAUACUGCGCAAUGACCGGUCACCACCUCUACCUAACUGCACGCGAUCAGCGCAACCAAGCAGCCGUGCUGCGCGCCGCUUUGGAGGCCCAAGAGCAGACACCCCCAUUAGCACGAAACGGCUCUUUAGCCCAUUCGCGAUCCAGAAAGAGCUUUGGCAUCAGCAGCAAGGGGCCAUCUUUGCUUCUGUCAGCGCAGUCCUUUCUCCUUCGAUCGCAUGGCACUAGGGAGUGGCAACAGGCUACGUCUGCCGUGUCCUCGUCAGGUGUGCAGCUGGCCGCGUCGACAGGCGCAGCAGCAGCGCCUGCACGGUCGUGGUGGAGCGCAUUCUGCGAAGUCGCAGCCGCAUCACGGUCUCAGCUGAGGCGCUAUUUCCUGUUUAGGCGACGCCAUCGGGUGGCAUCAUCCUUCGGAAUGGCACCCGUUGACGGGACUAGCGACCAGGCGGCUGAGGGCUCCUGGGGUCACAGGCUCCAACUCAAAAGCGGGCAAGAAAUGCCACAACAAGCCCCAUCAGAUGCUGAUCUGGAACAGAGGCGCGGUCAGGGCGUAGCGCGUGCAGAAGCGUCAACUGGCGAAGGUAACUCGUCCUGGCUUCCUGUCUGCGAGUCGAAGGAGCUGCCAACAGCAGGGGAAGCGCCGUCAGAGCUGCUGUCAGCACCAACGCAGGAUGGCGCUGCAGGGAGCGGCGGUGGCUGUGGUGCGCUGCUGUGGGGUGUGCCGCUGGAGCUCUGGAGGGCGGGCAGCCGCGUUUGCGCUAGUCGUUCCCCUGCUGCUGCCUCCGGUGGCGGCCCGGUUGGUGCUCGGCGCAGCGGUAUCUCAGCAGCAGCAGUAACGGCCUUCACUGCAUCGGGCAAUGGAGCUAGCGGCAGGAAAAGAAGAACGGGCUGGCAGCACAAGCAAGCGCAAGAAGAGGCCGGCCAGUCAAAGCACCAGCGCUACGUGACAAUGUCCGCGGACGGCGUGGAGGAAGUCCAUCUACCUAAGAAGGAUGGUGGCGAGCGCGUGGUGCAAAGGUACCGUGCUCGUUUGACAGCCUUCUGGCUGUGCUACGAGGUGAUCGUGGCCGGCCUCAUGAUUGCCUGCUUGGUGGCCAUGUUUACCUUCUCGAGCAAGGCCUCUCAAAACGCACCGCAAGAGAUGAGGUACGACGUGUACGAUGCACAAAGGCACGCAAUGGCGCGGUACCUAAUGCUUCGCCGGGCCGAUAGUACGAGCUCGUCUUCGUCAAGCCCCGGACCAGGCGAGGCCGGUCGCUGGAAGGCUGCAGAGAACACCAGUGGACUGCAGCGGAUGGCCGAGAUGUUCUACGAGGUCCGCGGUUUGUGCCACAUGUGGGCUCUGUACCAGACGCUUCAGGGUAUCGUGCUCAUCCUUCUCAUCCUGCGUCUGAUCCACCACCUGUCUUUCCAGCCCCGCCUCUCCGUCAUCUCGGGCACGCUAGCCCGCAUGAUACCCGACCUCGCCAAUUUCAUGGUGGUGCUGCUAAUCAUUCUCGCCAUGUACGCGGUCCUGAUGCUGCUGCUGUGGGGCAACGUAGUGCCGCAGCUUGCGACCAUGGCAGAUGCCCUAGUGUGGACCUUGUCGUACUGCAUCAACGGCGUCGGUUCGACUGACAGUGCAAUAGCGCUGGCGGCAGUAAUGGACCCCGCCAACGAGAGCAACGGCGCUUACGUCUUCAUGCGCUGGGUCGUCGUACUAAUCUCCCCCCUCUUCUUCUACUUUACCUUGAUCAACGUUGUGCUGGCUUUGCUGACCAUGCCCUUCGCGGCACUCAAGCGUGCCACUGAAGACGAGCCACGUCCCUGGAAGCAGAUUGCUCAGAUGCUCGGAUGGUUCUGGCAGGCCAUGCUCAACCGCGCUCCCAUGAACAAGGCCCUUGCUCGCCUGGUGGCUGGUGUUUCGCAAGGUCGGCGUACACCGCCUUUGCCCCCGCCUAAGAGCCUCAACUGGCGCAGCGCUCACCAUUCUCUGUCGUCGGCUGUGUCCCCAGCCGCCCGUGCGAUAAGUCAGAACCUGCAGGACCUUGGAUUGGAGCUGGUCAGGUGGAGAGAGGAUGGCCCCGGCAGAAGGAUGGUGGUUGAAGUGGAAGGUGAGGAGCUGGGCGCCCCGCAGCUGGCGGAGCUGCUGGAGCUCCUGAGCAGCUGCCACAAGCGCAGCCGCAGUCGCAGCCGUAGCUGUGACGGCAGCGGCAGCCACAGCCGCCGCCACCGUCACGGUAGGGAAGCAGUGGCAGCUGGCCCAGCAACAGCGGCAACUCCUCCCGAGGGAGCUGCCGAUAGAGCCGCACUGCUCCGCCGUGCCCUGUUGGCAGUCAUCACAGCUGCUGUCAGGCGGAAGAAAGCUGGGACUGGCGCAACUCUUCCUCAAGCGGAGGUGCAUGGCAAUGCACGCGAAGUCCGGGGGGGUCCAGUGCUGCUACCAGCUCAGCCCUUCACCGGCCACAUUGGGAUUACAAUUGACGGCAGCAGUAACCAGGGUGGUCCGUCCCAAGCUCUCGUUACUGAGCGUGUUCUGUCCUCCUGCUCUUCCUCCUUUAGUUCCUCCUCCUCUUCUACUUCCUCCUCCUCUUCAUCUUCCAAGUCCUCCUCUUCCUCAUUGGGAGUACCAGAGCGGCGGGUAGCUGCAUACCUUGUCCACUUGCUGGGUCAGGUACCAAACCGCAAUCCAGGCAAGAGGCAGCAGGCAGCGGAUGCCAACGGACGGGACAGAUGGCGCCCGGCUGGAGAGGAUGCAGGGGCUGGCCUUACAAGGUGUAUGACACCAGUGACUCCCUUCACCCUUGCGGCGGCAGAGGAGGGGCUUGCGUUCACAGAGAUGAGGGCAUCUGGCAGCUGGAAGGUUGACCCUGGCAAAGGAGCACACGGCAGUGCGUUGCAGGACCCGGCAACCACCCUUCGGGCCAGCGGGGCUGAUCAGGAUGCUGCCCCGUUGCCAAGGCCAGUCAGCUGCAGUGAAGUCGCCCCCUUAAGCGGGCCUGAGCUUGCACUAAAGCUGGAACGCCUGCUGCUUCGCAUUUACGGCGUUGGGUGUUUUCCAGCCGCAGCGGCAUUGGAUGCAGGGGUGCCCUUCGCUCCCGGCAGCUUAGGUGCUCUGGCUUCGUUGGGCCCUGCCAGCGCCGGUGCCACAGCAGGCGACCCGCAUCCUGGCAACGAAGACCCCAGGCUUGCCCAUACAUUAGCGGACUUGCCGCAGCCCAAAGUGUGCUGGAGCAGGAAUGCAGCGAUUGGGUCAGCCCGAAAAGUCCCAAGCAGCAGCCGCGUGCCGGGCCCCGAGCCAUCACAGCAAUCGCCUGAGGAAGUAGAGCAAACACUGCAGCGUAGGGAGUCUGGUUUGGAGGAGGAGUGCCGCGCUGGUGGCAACGCAGGCCCGUCUUUGGAAGCGCUGAUGUUGUCUGUGGUUCAGGCGCUCAUGGAGCAAACCCAGUCUUUAUGCUUGCAGCUUUCAGGGCUGCACCGCGAGCAGCAGCAUCUGGCAGUCAGCUUCGAGAGGAUGCUGCGCACAGCGGUGAUGAGGCGCCGUGGCAACGGCGCCGGAGGGGCAGGUCUGCUGCAGCCCCAGCCGAAGCAGGCCGCGGGUGAAGCGGCGAACGGAGCGGCCUCGGCUAGGUCGGGUGCGGAAGGGGCAGCAUCAGCGGCAGUGGAGAGCUUGGCGACUUCAACCUACGCACCUGCGCCUUGUGGUACCGUUGCAGCCGGGGCUUGUGCUGCAUUGGGAGGAACUGGUGGAAGCCUGGCGGGACCUCUGCCGGAGCUUUCAGCGGCGCGCAGGAUGGGCAGCCCAACAGCACCACGGCCUUCGUCGGCCAGUACUGAUUCCGCUGGGGAACCAACGAGAGAGUCUGGCCGGCCGGUCAUGGGGCCACUGCACACGGCUAUUCAAGUCGAUGGCGGUGAGGUGUUCGCGAUAUCAGAAUCAGAAGCCUUGCCAUUGCUGAAACCAGGAGACCAGGCAGCAGAGCCAGCCCCGGGGGUAGCUGUACUGCAAGAGGGGACUAAGAAUUCGCCCAACAGGAACCGUGUGAGCGAUGAACAGGUACAACUGCACAAUGCAGCGGCUCUUGGACCGUUGCCACCUCUGCCUGUGCUGCCUGUGAGAAGACGUGCGGUUGAUAAAGUGGAGGCAGCGGUUGCCAGCAGUGUGGACUUCUUGGCAGCAGCAAGCGACCCAUCUCAAGCACUAGACGCUGCGGCAGUCGAAGCAUGCACGAUCCAAGGGAAGACCCAGCAUCAAGGCUUAGUAGAGGCGACGGCACCCGCAGCCUCUUCGGACUUGGAGGUUUUGGAGGUAGCAGUAGUGCCGCGUUCAACGGCAGCAGCAUCCCGCCUGCCGGCAGAGCCUGCUGCUAGGAAAUCGUCAGUGGUGGCGAUUGUGCUGCCCGCAGUGCCGGUCGCCCUGCCACUGACGGAGCCCGAUACCCUCACACAAGCAGGGGUAGCGCCCCUGCUGUCAUCAGAGCCAGCUAUUCUGAUACCGGCAGAGGCCUCCCCUGCACUGCCAGUACUGCCGGACGCCCUGCCGCAUGAGCAGGCCGUCGACCAGGCUCCAGCAGAGGCGGCAUCCCUGCUGUCGGCAGACACGGCGGAAACACUUCCUCCAUCGGAGCCGUCUCUCCUGAUGACGUUGCCACAAGCGGCAGGGCCGCAGCCACCGCAGGCCGCAUCGACGUCCUCAUGGGGAAUAGGCGUGCAGCUGGAGGCGCCCAUGCUGGAAGGGGAGUUGGCUGAUGAGGUGCCAGGGGACCCCGGCGCCGCCCAGCCGGACCCCCAGGACUCGCCGUUCUGGGCAGUCCGUGCUAUUGUCGCUGCAAAGGACGGUGGCCUGGAAGCCACCACCACUGCCGCACCAAGCGCAGCACGGCCGCUUGCUGCAAAGCGAAGCACGACGCAGUUCAACAGGGGUGCACCUGCUGUGGCUCGCAACUCGUCAGCCAUGCCGGCUCAUGGCUCGGCACACCUGGGGUCGAAGCCUUGGGUGAUUCCACACACCGCGGCUGCAGGCACAAACAAUGGCACCGGCACCGGCAGUAGCUACCCGGCACCUGUGCGCCAAACGUCACACCUCUCAGAGCCCAAGGAGAAAGACGAGGAGGAUUUGUGAUGUAAAUCUACACUGGGACGCCUUGGCAACAGGACAACAGGAUGCUGGCCCGCACGAAAACGUUUGGCCCCUCGGAGCCAUGAAAGCGAAGGAGCGAACGGUUAGUGUUACAAACUUACAAUGCAUCCAGAUAGACAGGCGCAUUGCAGCUCCAGAUGCAUGGAGGCCCGCGGAGGCAAUAUGGGGCUGACCACGUCCUGGAAUUGCAGUGAAAGCAUUGUUCGAGUACCGCUGCGAUACAGCUACCGAGGUUGCGGGCUGACCUAGUGCCGGAUCGCAGCUAUUUCAUGAGUGCAUGGGAUUACAUAAGGCUUGUUGUUGUCGUUUUAGUUGCUGUCGUAUGCCCGGCAGUUGUAGAAGCAGUCACGCGAGUUCGUGUUCUUCAGGUUGUGUGUUGACACUAAAGCAGCUCAGCCGCGCAGACGACCAUAUCUUUCCAGUUGUGGUGCGUGAGCGUGUUUUUCCAUCCGUUAAAAUUUAUUUGGCUUUCCUGGUCAGGGAUUGGCGCUGCUGCACCCAUUCGCUGGUUUGUCUUUAUGUGUGCUAAACUGUUUGGCAGUAGCUCUAAGCGCACAUGGCGUAUGCCCUCUAGAAACUAGAUAACACGUUCUAUAGAGUAAUUCAGCGACGUUCUGUCGUUUUAAUUCCAACCGCCACGGGGGGUUAGGUCACAUCCGUACACGUCUUUUAACGCUUAGGUUGGGGACGUUGCAUUACAUGUCACCGGGAUAGCGCCAAGCACGUACACCACAUGUGGUGUGUGCGCGGAACUUGGCUUUUAAUCCUGUAUGCGUCUGCUGCGAGACUCCGAUGUGUGCCUUUAAAAAGUUUGCUGCUGUGGUCACUUUAUAUCUUCUGGUUCAUGAUACACUUGUGCACUUUGAACGUCACCAAUUUAUACAUCAGACCCCGGACCUUGCACUGUAGGUUGUGGGGUUUCGACGUCCUGUGCUAUGUAGCGGUGUCGUAAAUGUUGCGGUUGUUAGAUGACUUGUAUUUAUGAUAUUAGCGCUGUGAGGCGUAGCAGAUAUACCGGUAGGCAGGUCUAACCGGUCCUAAAGUGAUGAACAAACAGCCAGCACAUCCACUGAUGCUAACGCAUGUGUUGAUAUGUACAGUUCGUUUCCACGCUGUUAGUUUGGUUUAAUAUCUACUAUUUACAGAUGUCGAGCUAGUCACACAGCUAUGCUUGCAGUGCGUUUGGCAAGCUUUAUGUGCUUGAUAAUAUCCAGGACCUGUGCCUGUCCGUCUGGACGUCUUAUUUCCUAUGCCAUGCCACCACCGUGCGAAUGUAAGGCGCUAAGGAACA